AACCAGGAAAUCUCGCACCAGCUGUACACAUCUCGCGUUAACUUGAGGUAGCCAUUUGCUUGCAAAUGCAAUGGCUUUAUACGAUAGAACAUACGGCGGCUACAGGAUAUUUGUAGGUGAUCUGGGCAGCAGGGUAGGAAAGUAUGAGCUAGAAAAAGACUUUGAAUACUAUGGACCACUUUUAGAUGUUUGGGUUGCACGAAAUCCUCCUGGCUUUGCUUUCAUGGUCUACAAAUACCCUGAAGAUGCUGAAAGAGCAGUGAAAGAGUUAGAUGGACGUACUGUCUGUGGAAGACGUGUACGUGUAGAACAUGCACGUACAGCAUCUCGACGUGGUCGCAGAGGCCCCCCUCCACCAGGACGUGGCAGCUCUGGGAACUCCAGAUGUUAUGCAUGUGGAGAACCUGGUCAUUUUGCACGUGAAUGUAAAUUUGACAGGAGAAGAGCCAGCAGUAGUAGAUCAAGAUCAAGGUCUCGUUCUAGAGAUAGGUCUAGGAGGAGCAGAUCCCGUGACAGAAGAAGGAGCAGGUCAAGGUCACGCAGUAAGUCUAAUGAAAAGAGGAGCCGUUCAAGAUCUGCAUCCAAGGAAAAAGACCAUAAAAAUCGCUCCCGCUCAAAAGACCGGUCCCCAAAAGCCAAGUCCAAAGACAGCUCCAAGGGCUCCAAGGAACGUAGCUCUAAGGAAAGGUCUCGAGAAAAGGAGAGAUCCAAAGAGAGGGAUGGUUCAAAAGAAAAAAGCAAGUCAAGGGACAAGGAUAAUGUGAAGGAUUCCAGGGACAGGAAGUCAAGGAGUCACUCCCAUGGCAGUGAGAAGUCAGACAAGGCGAGUAGAAGUAGGUCUAGGAGCCCAGUGAAGAAGAGAGGAAGGUCGAAAUCUGGUUCCCCUAGCCAUGACAAAUAUCCUAAAACCAGCAACAUCAAUUCAACAUCCCCCACACAGAACCAGGAAGAUAAUGCUGUUGAGUUACCUGAGACUCCCCCUCCAGAGGAGACCCAGGAAACUCAGGAAAAUGGGGAGGAAAACGGAGCAAAAGAGGAGGCGAUGGAAGCUGAUGAACAAGACUGAUGAUAGUUGUGUUUUAUUAUUUUUCCUUAUUGUAUAGCAGGUUCUGUACCAUUAAUUCCUAUAAAUGCACUUGAAAAUUCUGUCAAUGUGUAUUUCAUUUUCUCCUUUGUGGAGUUUUAUUUUAGACUUUCUUGUUUGGCUUCAGUUUUUUUUUAAAUAGAAAAAUGCUAUUUCAAAUGAAUAUUGCAUGUUGAUUUAUUGUUUUCAUUUAUUUGAUUAGCCAUUGAAUGUUUAUUUAAGUCAUUACAGGCAUUGAUAGACCCUGUCUUGAAGGCUUAAGGAAUUUUAUUGUAUUUAAGUAGUAUCUGUGCUCAAAAUAUAUUUAUGUAGAAUAAUAGAAUUAUAAAUGAAUAUUGUAAUAAAAAGUAAGUGAUAUGAUUAACUCAUACUGUAAGUGUGCACAUUGUAAAUGGUGGAUACAUUUUAUAAAAUUGGACAUAAACUGCCUAUUGUUAUUUACUACAGUCUAAGUACGUCCUGCACCUUGUACUGUGCACCUAUGUAAAGGUUGCUGUGGGUUCCACCGGUCAAACUGAUAUCUGUUACAAAUUUCCCUUGAGCCCUAUCAACAGGGAAGUGGAAUUAACACCAAGGUAUAUUAUGCAAUGGACUUUUUUUAUCGUCAGUUUUCAUGUAAAUUUUUCCUGGUGUCUUACACUUAAGUAAAAACCAGACCCUCUUAAGAUAAGCAAACAUAAGUUAUGACUUAAGAGGAGUUGUUCCCGUGUGGAGAUCUGUUUACUCGUGUAAGUUUUAAUUUUUUCCGUCUUUAACUCGCAAUUGAAGCUCAGGAGAACGUCUGGGUAACAUUAUUUAUCCCAACUAUUUGUAAAUGUCUUUUCUUUAAAUGAAGAAAAUAUCUUUAAAGCAUUUUCCAAAGAAUAAGAUGAUAAUGAUGUGUAUGUUUCUCAUUGUGAAACACAAAGAAAUUAUUCUUAUAACAAACUUUUUUUGAAAUUGCCUUUCAUUAGCAAUCUUAAUUUUUUAAUCGAUGGUAGUGGGGUCCGUUAAGUAGUGUAAGAAUUGUUUAUUAUCCAAGAUCAGAUUGCUUUUUUGAUGACUGUAAAAUAGGGGAAAUAAAUUUUAUCUGGUAUCAGA